CCAGGUCGGACCCUGACCACGAUGCGCACCCCGGGCUGCGGGCGGCUGGUGCUGCCGCUGCUGCUCCUCGCCGCGGCCGCCCUGGCCGAAGGCGACGCCAAAGGGCUCAAGGAGGGCGAGACCCCCGGCAAUUUCAUGGAGGACGAGCAAUGGCUGUCGUCCAUCUCGCAGUAUAGCGGCAAGAUCAAGCACUGGAACCGCUUUCGAGACGAGGUGGAGGAUGACUACAUCAAGAGCUGGGAGGACAAUCAGCAAGGAGAUGAAGCCCUGGACACCACCAAGGACCCCUGCCAGAAGGUGAAGUGCAGCCGUCACAAGGUGUGCAUCGCCCAGGGCUACCAGCGGGCCAUGUGCAUCAGCCGCAAGAAGCUGGAGCAUAGGAUCAAGCAGCCUGCCCUGAAGCUCUCUGGAAACAAAGAUACCGUCUGCAAGCCCUGUCACAUGGCCCCGCUGGCCUCAGUCUGCGGCUCCGAUGGCCACACUUACAGCUCGGUGUGCAAGCUGGAGCAGCAGGCCUGCCUGAGCAGCAAGCAGCUGACUGUGCGAUGCGAGGGCCCCUGCCCCUGCCCCACAGAGCAGGCCUCCCCCUCCACCACCGACGGCAAGCCAGAGACCUGCACAGGUCAAGACCUGGCUGACCUGGGGGACCGGCUGCGGGACUGGUUCCAGCUCCUUCAUGAGAACGCCAAGCAAAAUGGCUCGGCCGGCAGUGGGGCCAACCUGGCUGGUGGGCUGGACAAGAGCCUGGGGGCCAGCUGCAAGGACUCCAUUGGCUGGAUGUUCUCCAAGCUGGAUACCAGUGCUGACCUCUUCCUGGACCAGACAGAGUUGGCCGCCAUCAACCUGGACAAGUACGAGGUCUGCAUCCGCCCUUUCUUCAAUUCCUGCGAUACCUACAAGGAUGGCCGGGUCUCCACUGCUGAGUGGUGCUUCUGCUUCUGGAGGGAGAAGCCUCCCUGCCUGGCGGAGCUGGAGCGCAUCCAGAUCCAAGAGGCUUCCAAGAAGAAGCCAGGAAUCUUCAUCCCGAGCUGUGACGAGGACGGCUACUACCGGAAGACACAGUGUGAGCAGAGCAGCGGUGACUGCUGGUGUGUGGACCAGCUGGGCCUGGAGCUGACGGGCACUCGCACGCAUGGCAGCCCCGACUGCGAUGACAUCGUGGGCUUUUCAGGGGACUUUGGGAGUGGCGUCGGCUGGGAGGACGAGGAGGAGAAGGAGACAGAGGAAGCAGGAGAGGAGGCUGAGGAGGAGGAGGGCGAGGCGGGCGAGGCGGACGACGGAGGCUACAUCUGGUAGAUGGCCCUCAGGGAGCCAUGGCAGGCCAGGGUGCCAAUGGCCGGGGGAGACGGGCCAGCAGAGACCUGGACAGAAGCAGGCAGCUUACGCAUGGAUCCGGAAGAUACGUUGGAAGGACGCUGGCUCCAGCAGGGACGACUGGGUGUGUGACUGUGCAUGGCCCAUGUGAGACCUGUAUGGCUAGGACGUGUGAGUGUGUGUGAGUGUGGCAUGCGCUGACAAAUGUGUCCUUGGUCCACACUGCUCCAAAGACCUCCGUGUUUGCUUUACAUUUAGUGUUGGUUUCAAAGUACACAUAUCCACACAUAUCCACCCACCACAAGGUCAAAACUGAUGACAUGAAUGCCCCCUGCCAUGUCCCCCAAGCCCCCUCUGGUCCUGUCCUGACACCCUUGAGUUGCCCUGACCAGGGCUUCUUGUCUUGAUUGCUAUUCUUGACUCAACCAGCGCUGCUUCCUCCUGCACUUGCCUGCCCUCUCCCACCCUUGGGUGUCUCCAUUGCAGAGAGUUGGAAAGGCAGGGAGCUGCCUGCUGGCUGAGGUCCUCCUGGGGCCAGGCCAGUGUGGCUGGGACACCCCCACCGGCUUCUGAUGACGUGGGCUGGGACACCCACAGCAGUGAGCCCUUUCCCUGCGCCGGACUCCCCAGCACUAGACUCCCAGCCCUAAACUCUGCUCUCCUAACCCAAGCCUGUGUGAGCGAGUGUGGCCGAAGCUGAGGUGCUGGGGGAGGGGCCGGAGCAGAGGGAGGAGGAAGGAAGGGUCUGCCUUUGCCUAUCUGGCAGGAGCUCUCAGGAGCGGAGACUGGGUAGCCCUGAGUGCCAGACCCUUGAACAGCCUGGCCCCUUCCUGUGGGCCUCAGAUGGGGGCCUGGUCUGAACUAUUCUCUUGGAGGCCGCGGGUGGGUUCCGCCUGGCCGUGUGGGGUUGCUGCACUGCCCUUGUCCCCAGGUCCACUUUGGAAGCCUGAGGAUCGGGCUGCAGGUGAAGAAGCUGGGUGUCAGCCGGGGUGGGGUGGGGGGCGGUGUAUGUGCAACCACCUCUUCUCCCAUCCAGACCUUCCUUAAGAUGUGGGGAAGCAGCAGCGGGGGAAAGCUCCACUUCCCGUGACCUUUCUCCAUCUCUCCUCCAGGGGGCAGCACCAGGCCCAUUUCCGUCCCCUCCCCUGCCAGCGCCGGGACCUUCUCUCUGACCCAGUGGAGGGUGCCCCGAGGCUGCUCUAGUGGAGGGGCCCGGGAGUUGUGAGGUCAGAGGGGACAGGACAGGACUGGGGCCAAACAUCCUGUUCUCCCAGAUGUCCUUACCAGGCGGGAGCCAGGGUGAAUGAGACCGAGCUCCCUGUUUUGAGUUUCUUUUUGUUUUCUUUCCUAAUCUGUCCCAUUCUCCCUGUUGAAGCAAAUUCCUUAACACUUUGGGCAAAGAAUUUCUAACCUGGACCUGGGCCUCUGUUGUCCUUCUGUGCGUGGCGAGUGCCGUGUGUGUUUGUGUGUGAGUCUGUGAGCGGCUGUAUAUGUUUGAAUGUGUGUGAGAGCC